CUCGAACUUAUCGGCUAUCUCGGCGAUCGUGCGAGUGUCGUUCCAAAGGAACGAGCAUACCUAACCGAUUUGAAUUUGCACACUGUUCACAGGUGAAGAAGGACACCAAGGAGCGAAGAUCACUGGGGAGGAUCGGCUGAGGCCGUCGAGAGGAGGAAGUAGAGCGCAGAGCGCGACAUGAGGGUCUCGUGAGCCAGGUCGCGGAGGAUGAAGAGCCCGAUCGUGGACUAUCUCCUCGGGGAGGAGGUGUCGGCGAGGCGAGAUCGCGGGAAUGCCGCGAGCGGCAGGAUAUCGUCGGCGGUGUUCGACGCGGACGAUCGUGACGAGCAGGACGAGGACGAAGCUGACGAGAGAUAACGAAAGAUGACGAAGGCGGUGUCGAGCAGCAGAGUGAGGGAGCUUCAGGCCAUGCUGUUCCCGGUUCAGCCUAUCCCCGGUGGCAUGCUCUCCGAGCUGCAGGUGCCACAGGAGUUGCAAGUGUCUCCGCUGGAACGUUACGACAGCUCCGUCUUGAGACGGGAGAUAGAGUCAGCGCUGUUCGGGAUACCUUUGGGUCUGUCCCAGCAUCGAUACUCCAAGGAGACACUCCGAGCAGUCCUCGAUGCACGCUGCAUCGUCGAUGGGAGUAUUCAGGAGGCGGCCAGAUGGCCGACCGAGUGUCAAGUGGUCCCAGAGCGAAUCCGCCAUAUCGAAAACAACUCGAGCAUUCCGGAGGCCUUUUACGUCUCAACGGGAAAGGAGCCGAGGCCGAAGCCGAUCAGCGACGAGCUCGGAACGGUGAUAUUUCGCUACUGCCCGACCAACGUCACUAAUUACUUCAGCCGAUCUUGCGUGGGUGGGAGCACGGUGUUGCCGUUCCCUACGGAUUUCUCCGGAGAGUCGAGCGCGGCGGAUAACAAGGAGACCACUAAUGAGAACGAUAUCUUCUUCCUCGCCGAGGCGUCCAGCCGCCCGAAGGAGGACAGCACGGAUCUGCGCUUCGAGUCAAGGUUCGAGUCCGGCAAUCUCGGCAAAGUGGUGAAGAUAACCGACACGUAUUAUCAGCUCUAUCUCCGAAGGGAUCUUUACACCCAGAGGCAUACGCAGUGGUACUACUUCAGGGUGUCCAAUACGAGGAGCAGAAUCACGUACAGAUUCUCCAUCGUGAACAUGUGCAAAGAGGAGAGCCUCUACAACGAGGGCCUCAAGCCGCUGCUCUACUCUACCGAGGACGCUCGCACUCGGUCCAUAGGAUGGCGGAGGUGCGGCGACAACAUCACGUACUACCGAAACAACGAUUCAUCAAACGACGAGGAGCGAGAGAGGCACACGCUGACGUUCAAUAUCUCGUUCCCCCAUGACCGUGACAUCGUCUACCUGGCCCACUGCUACCCUUAUACGUAUACCGACCUGCAGGAGUACCUCGGCAGGAUCGUGGCCGACCCCGCAAAGACGAGGUUCACCAAGUUGCGCCUGCUGUGCCGCAGUCUCGCCGGGAAUGGCGUUUACUACUUGACGAUCACCGCACCGAUGCACGACGACGAGGCGCGCCGGAAGCGCGGUGUCAUCAUCACCGCUCGGGUGCAUCCCGGCGAGACGCCUUCCAGCUGGAUGAUGAAGGGCAUCAUCGAUUUUCUCACCGGUGACACGAAUCGCGCCCGAGAGCUGCGGGAGAGAUUCGUUUUCAAGCUGGUGCCGAUGCUGAACCCAGACGGCGUGAUCGUGGGCAACAAUCGUUGCUCGCUGUCCGGGAAGGACCUGAACCGGCAGUAUAGGACCGUGAUGAGAGAGAGCUACCCGUCCGUGUGGCACACGAAGCUGAUGAUCCGCCGGUUACUCGAGGAAUGCGGCGUGGCGAUCUACUGCGACUUGCACGCUCACUCGAGGAAGCACAACAUCUUCGCCUAUGGCUGCGAGAGCAAACGAGCUGGAUGCAACGGCAAACUGUCGGAGCAGGUGUUCCCGCUGAUGCUCCACAAGAACGCAGCCGACAAGUUCUCCUUUGAGAACUGCAAGUUUCACGUCGAGAAGGGAAAGGAAGGCACCGGCAGGGUGGUCGUGUGGUCGAUGGGCGUACAGAACAGCUACACCAUGGAGGCAUCAAUGGGCGGCUCCAAGAUGGGCUCAAGAUGCGGAACUCACUUCUCCACGCAGGACUACGAGCAGAUCGGCAAGGCCUUUUGCGAGACCCUUCUCGAUUUUUCCGAUCAGGAUCCCACGAAGGAGAGACUACGGAAUAAGAUUAUAGCCAGACUGACGAAGGAAGGAUCCAACGCCGAGGAGCCCACCAAUAUCGACCUGACCGAUUACUCCAGCGACGAGGGGGACACCUCGCAAGAAAGCUUUUUGUCGGACGAUGAAAAGAUCGAAUACACGGACGUCGCAUGGGCCAGCGAAGGUGGCGAACUCCUGGCGAAUCGUCGGCGGUACCUCUGCGUACCUCCGCCGUCACCCACCUUUGUUCCGCCGAGGAGCGUCGGCCUCUGCAGAAGGAGAGCGCGGAGGGACAUCGCAGGCAGGAUUUAUUUGGAGCGUAGGAGAAUCCUGGCACGACGAGCGGUGAUGGACUUGCCGACGACGGAUCCAGGCAGUGACCUCUGCGACCUCACCGAUUCGGCAGACGAGAAUUUCGUCAGGAGCGAAGGACGAGAAUGCGAAGUUUGGAGACGAACGUCGCGUGAACGUCGCGAGGAGAUCGUCGAUCUCUCCGAAACGGCUGUUGCUGAAAAGGAGGAACGACGGAACAAGGGGCUGAUCCUGCCGGAGAUCGUGAGACCUCGCAGUGUAUCCUUCGGGGAGAUCCUGCCGCGCAAGGAUCAUCGAAAGACUCGUCAACGAACACGAUGUCUUCGAGCGCUGAGGAAUCCGUCGCCGGUAUCACCGACGAGUCAAGAGGCGAGGAUCAAGCUAACGUCACUGAGGCAACAGAUUUGGACAGGUGUGCCGUGCACCGCCACCGCCGGCGAGUGCAUCGACGCGGCACGUCAGGCCGACGCUUUCGUAAAGAUUCCGUUGAGCUGGGGUGUUUCCAGACACGCUCUGAUGCACUAUCCCACGGACAGCGAGGCCACGCUAAAACUACAGUCCAAGAAGCCGCAGUCACUAGCCUACGAGGAGAGCAAGGUCGAUUCGAGGAAGACGCGGCGAAAGUCGCGGCGGAAGCGACAGGGCGUCGCCGCAGAAAGCCUGCCGGCGCAGCUGAAGGAGGUCGUGGAUCGCGCAGAUGGCUCGUCCAAGCCGUCGUCGAAGAAGAAAAGCUCCAAAUUCGACUGGGUCCAGCGGGCGGUAAAUUUCAACUCCCGCAUGAAAGACGCGAGAGGCGCGAAGUCUUCGUUCCUCGCGAUCGAGGCGGACUCGCUGAAGCUACUGACUGCGUCAACGACGACUCCGAAGAAGCAGCGAGUGCAGUCGCAAUCGCAGCGGCCGCGGAAGCUCGAGCCGCGUAGAAAAUUUCGCGGCAUCGGCGUCGUGGCGUCCACGUGCGUAGAUGUCAUCAACAAGACCGGCGGCAAGGUGACGAGACAGCCGCCGAGGACACCGACGACGCGAUCACGCCGUGAUGCGCUCUUCCGCUGCGAGAGCUCAACGUCGGAUGACGCGUCGUCGUUGUACGACGUCUCGAGCAAGCCGAAGACCGUGAAGAAGAAACAGAAGAAGAAGAAGCAGCAGCAGUUGUCGAAGAAGCAGCCCCCGGCGAACAGAACGACGGAACGGAGGAAGCGCGCCUGCAGUGCGAAAGCGUUGCGCGAUAAUGUUUGAGAAAGGAGAAAAAAUAACGCAACAAACUGCCCUCGUAGAUCUCGUAAGAUAACGUCUCCGCGUGUACAGAGGAUUUUACACGUCUAUAAAAGGAGGUCUUUAAAAAGUCCACCACGUUCCUCUGCGAGAAAAAGGAAACUAUAAACAUGUUGUCCACUUUUCGACAGGUUUAUCAAAUCAACUUUCUCCUGUUUUCCUCCUCCCGAAACCCCGGGAUUUAAUUAACCGACGCGCGAAAACCGGUCAUGGUAUAAAAUUCAAAAUAUACAUAUAUAACUUAUUACA